AUGCGAAGGCAAAACCUCAUCGCGCUGCUCUCUGCCCUCUCGCUGGCCGGAGGAUCUGCCGGGAACGGCUCUGAAAAUGAUGGUUCAGGAGAUGGAUCGCCGAUGUUAUCCACCGUUACAGUAACGCCUCCUCCUGCUAUGCGUUCUUCGACCGCGGCUGACCGCGAGGCAGUACUUGCCACUGCGAGCACUACUGAAAGCAGCUUUGAAACAAAAAGUACUCCGAGUACUGAACUGAACGCCGUGAACAAUCAGGACAGCCUAGAAGCAGCGGAACAGUCUAUCUUGACAUAUGUUGUCCCCGUCGCGCUGCUGGUCCUGCUGAUCUUGCUGAUCGUAUUUUUUGUAGUACAUCAUAAAAGGAAAAAGUCUAAGCAAGAUGAGCUGGGAAGCGAAAAUGUGAAAAGUCCUAUUUUUGAAGAAGACACACCCUCUGUUAUGGAGAUAGAAAUGGAAGAGCUUGAUAAAUGGAUGAACAGCAUGAACAAAAAUGCUGACUGUGAAUGUUUGCCUACUGUAAGAGAAGAAGAAAAAGAAUCUAUUGCCAACCCAAG